GCAGAUAUAACUCUCUUCCACCAAGCGAUCGCUCCACCCAUUGAAGCAGACAGGCUCCCUGUCAUCAGCUAACUAGUGAGGUCAGGUCUCGGCCACCGGACAGCAGUGAUGUCCUCAAGGUUGCCUAGAGUGCCAGCGAGUCCCUCCUUGAGAUAAUAGAAGUCAAUUUACUCAUAAGGUGCAUCCGUUCAUCUAGAUCCAUCCACCAGCUGCUUGCUUACAGUGUCUAUAAGAUCCUGUGCCAUCAUGGGGUUGUUCAUGUGUGAAGAAGCGCAGCAAGGCCCUAUAAAGACAUUCCAUUUCUACAUGUAGCAAGGCAGGACAAAGUUCCACAAAAAAUAUCCAGAAUGCCCAUAAGCUGAAGGCCGAGUGGGCACUCCUUCUGCUCUGCUGUGACUGAGAGACUGUUACAGGUUUAUUUUCAUAAAGAAAGAAAGAAAGAAGAAAAAACACGUGGGGUUCUCCAUAUUUUCAUUCUCAGCCAGAUGCCAACCAAGCAGCAACAGCCUGACGUUAUCAUGGUGGCGUCACUACAGGGAAGGGAACAGUAUAUAAACAACUGCCCGAGUGCAGAAAGACAGAAGUGCAGGGAACCAUCAAGAAGAAGAAGAAACAGAAGAGUCAACAUCUAAGAAAGAUUAAGCAUGUUUCUCAUCCCAGACUUCUCCAAAGAAACAUGGAUCCUGCUCAUCAUACUGCUGGCACUUCUCGCUUAUUAUGGGAUCUGGCCAUACAGAGUUUUUAAAAAAUAUGGAAUACCUGGCCCUAAGCCCCUACCAUUUAUUGGAACUUUUCUUCAAAACAAAAAUGGACUAUUUCAAUUCGACAUGGAAUGUUUCAAAAAAUAUGGAAAAAUAUGGGGAUUCUAUGAUGGGAGGCAGCCAGUUCUUGCGAUUAUGGACCCAGCAAUCAUUAAAUUCAUUCUAGUUAAGGAAUGCUACACUAUAUUUACAAACAGACGGAAUUUUGGCCUUAAUGGACCUCUGAAGUCUGCAGUGUCAACUGCUACUGAUGAGCAAUGGAAGAGGAUACGCACCGUGUUAUCACCAACAUUCACCAGUGGUAAACUAAAGCAGAUGUUCCCAAUAAUAAAACAGUAUGGAGACCUUUUAGUGAAGAAUAUUCAAAAGAAAGUUGAUAACAAAGAAUUUGUAGACAUGAAAAACAUCUUUGGAAGCUACAGCAUGGACAUUGUUCUAAGUACAUCCUUCAGUGUGAAUGUGGAUUCAUUGAACAAUCCUAAUGAUCCAUUUGUGAUCAAUGGUAGAAAACUUUUCAGCUUCUCCUUUUUCAACCCUCUGUUCUUAACAACAGUUCUGUGUCCAUUCCUGAUUCCUCUUUUGGAAAAGCUGAAUUUCUGCUUCCUCCCAUUAAGUGUCCUCGACUUUUUUCAAGAUGCCAUAAAAAGAAUAAAGAAAAACAGAAAUAAGGGAAUCCACUCAGAACGAGUAGAUUUUCUCCAACUCAUGGUAGAUGCUCAAUCUAAAGACAACAAUGCAGGAGAGGAGACUCAUGGCUAUAAAGAAUUGACAGACUCUGAAAUUUUGGCUCAGGGACUUAUCUUUAUUAUGGCUGGUUAUGAGACCACCAGCACCACACUUAUGUUUCUGGCAUACCAUCUGGCUACGCACCCUGAUGUCCAAACCAAACUUCAGGAGGAAAUUGACACCUUUCUUCCCAAUAAGGCUCCACCAACAUAUGAAGCUCUGACGCAGAUGGAAUACCUUGAUGCGGUGCUUAAUGAAAACUUGCGAUUCUACCCUGCAGCCGGGAGAAUUGAACGGGUUUGUAAGACAACAACUGAGAUCAAUGGUGUAACUAUCCCAAAGGGAGUUGUGACUGUUAUCCCGGCCUUUGUGCUGCAUCGUAACCCUGAGAUCUGGACUGAUCCAGAGGAAUUCCGACCUGAAAGAUUUAGUAAGGAGAACAGGGACACAAUAGACCCAUACACCUUCCUACCCUUUGGAGCUGGACCUCGGAACUGCAUAGGAAUGAGGUUUGCCUUAACCAACAUGAAAUCAGUUAUCACCCUGCUGCUGCAAAACUUCUCUUUCCGAACGUGCAAAGACACUCCAAUCCCUCUGGAAAUUGACACCACUGGAUUCCUUAAGACAAAGAAACCUGUUAUAUUAAACCUCGUGCCAAGAGAAGCCGAGAAGAUUGAAAAGUAGAUCCUGAAGACGCUGUGGAUGGUUACUAUUGAUAUUUGUAGCAUAUGGAGAACAACAUAUAACAUAAGUACAGUAUACUGGAUGUUUGUGUGCAAAAAGAAUAUUAUGUAUGUAAAUGUAAGAAAUGCCAAAGAAAUGAUGUAUACAUGCCUGUAAGAUUUUGUAACAUAUCUGUAUACGUUCUUCUAGUAAACUUUGCUGACAGAUAUCAGAACAACGUCUGCAGCGUAUAGGACUACAAUGGCUCUGUGUUUCUUUACCUCUGUCCAGAAGAUAAUGAUGUAGAAUGUCUGCAUUGUGGGAGCACAUCUUAUCUACACACGUACUAUUAGCUAUGCUAAGGCGAAGGGAGAUCUUUGUCGUAGAUGUUAAAAUGCAAUAUCUUGUUUAUGGAAAGUAGAACUAUUUUAUAUAGAAAAUAAAAGCCCCUGGCAGCAGUGACACCUGAAUAUUAAAGGUAAUAAGGAUUGCAGAAUGAUAAGUAGUGCAAAGUACACUGAUCAGCUUUACAACAUAUUUUGAGGUUAUGAAUAUGCACUGUACACUGCUUUGUGGAAUCUGGGCAGAAGACACAUUCCCUUAUGCCAUAUAAUGCAAUAUAACAAAACAAAU